UCUCUUAAAAGGAUUCGGAUUAGAGAAAAGGAAAAAAGAGCACCCGUAAAACGCAGAGAUUUUGAGGAAGACGAUGGCCGCCACGAACUCUCUGCAAAAAAUAACGAGCCAACCUCGAGUGGUUCGAACCACCCUGGGAUCUUUGUGGAGAACUUUCUCUUCAGAUGCACUGAUGGAGGUCAAGCCAGGCGAGGUCGGAAUGGUUUCCGGUAUCCCUGAAGAACAUCUUCGUCGGAGGGUUGUGAUAUACUCGCCUGCUAGAACUGCAACUCAACAAGGAUCUGGGAAAGUUGGAAAAUGGAAGAUCAAUUUUAUGUCAACACAAAAGUGGGAGAAUCCAUUGAUGGGUUGGACAUCCACAGGGGACCCUUAUGCUAAUGUUGGUGAUUCCGCACUUAGUUUUGAUAGUGAAGGAGCUGCAAAGUCUUUUGCUGAGAAACAUGGGUGGGAAUAUGUGGUUAAAAAGCGGCCGACACCAGUUCUGAAGCUAGGCAUAAGAACAAAAAUCAACUCGAGAUUUCUUAAGGCAACUGAUCAAACCAACUAGGGCAUCAUCGGUUUUCAACAUUUUGAGCUUAGUGGAAUGACUGCCAGUGAAGUCGUAUGCAGAUAACUUCAAGUGGAAGGGACCUGUUAUAUCUGAAGACUGAUUCUAUAAUCCUGCAGAUCCUGUUGCUUUUUUCUACCAUAAUUCAAGUUGAGCAACUGAGGUUCAGGUUUUCAUUAUUACACAUUUUUCAAGAUUAAAAUAAAUGUGAUCAACAGCGACCAAAUUGGUUUAACUUUUUUAACCAGAAAAGAAAGGCUAAUUUAUUUGUCAUACUAUUUAAUUACGAUUCGACCACAAAAU